AUGUCAUCCACACCUUUGCGGCCAUCACCACAAUCAUCACGCGCACCUUCACAACUGAAUCGACCAGUUAUUGCUUCUCCGCUGGCACGAGGCGCAGGGCUUGUCCGAUCGCACCGAGAUCUUGAUGCACCGCCACCACCACUACGAGUAGCGUCGAAGCUUACUUCGAGCAAUGCACAAUUUGCAGGCUCUGCGACUGCUACCCCGGCUCAUGCGCCAUCAUCGAUUUCCUCGGCGCCGUCACCGAGCGGCUCCACGACACGAAAGAUCGACUCUUCGGCAGCUAGUCACGAACGCAGCCAAAGCACCGCUUCGACCUCGACUGUGCGUGCGCAAGAUCGACCACGCUCGCCUCAAAAGCUGCCAGAAACGCCACGCGCCUCCAGCAGAAUUCCGGAGAGUGGCUCGACGCCGACGGUCCGCGCUGCUUCCACUCGGGAGUCCAACAAAACAAUCAAUGGCGGUACGACCGUCUCAUCGAGUGCUGCAUCCAGCCUCCGCGGAUCUAGCAGGGCAUCCUCUGCCGUCGCCAGCCCUCCCGGCAGCCGGUCCUCCACCCCUAUCAUCGGUGCAUCGGGCAGUUCCAUUCCGGCUCACGUCAACUCGUAUGCUGCGCUACUUGCAGCACAGUCUAGACUGGGACCCAUCCCAGUACCACAAGGUGUCGCCCUCGCACAAGCUGCAGGAGACUCGGCCGCAUCUGCAUCACCAUCGAUGGCAGUCUCGAGCCCUGAUGGAAGGCGAACAGCCUAUCGAUCCGGCUUUCAGCCUAAAGGUGUCCUUCGCGUGCGAACCAGCGAGUUUGAAGAGCUGCGGCGUAAGGGCAGAAGCGAAGGCGAGAUGGAAGCGCAACGCAUGGACCGAAGACUGGCAAAGCUCGUCGCCAUCCACUUUGCACCCAGCAGCGAUAUGGAAAAGACAUCGCUCGGCCCGGCAAAGAAAUCGCUCAACUCGUCGUUCGCCGACCUUGACCUAGACGAGCUCAAGCGAGAUCCGAGCAGCGUCAUUCUCAAAGGUGGCAGCGAGCUGUGGAGUUCCUUCAGAGCACGUGGUCGAGGUGAAGACCCCGCAAUCCGUCAAGCGGAGCAGACCAUUGUCAACUGGCAGGACGACGCCGAAGCAAAGGCAUGUCCCAUAUGCUCCACCCCCUUCAGCUUCACCGUGCGUAAGCAUCACUGCCGUCUGUGCGGACGAGUGGUGUGCGCUUCGCCGCACCUGACUCGACUGACGUGGGCCGAGCAAAUGGCUCCAGGCACAGGCAAGGUGCUGACGGUGCAGGAGCGAGCCGAACUGGACAACAAAUGCUCAGGCAAUAUUGUCGCCGAUCCCAUCACUGGUCGUAUCGAAGAGGUCAAGGAGGGAGCCGCCGCGGCAUCGUCCAAAGCAGGUUCGAGCGCCGCACAGCCGAGGGGUGUACGCAUCUGUCGUGACUGCAAGUCGAUCGUUCGUAAGCGGCAGUAUAUGAUGGACGACGAACCGCUGCCCGUGUUCAUCAAGCUGUACGAGGCGCUCAUGCGAGUCCAGAAGGAGAUUGAGCAGUCGCUGCCCGAGUUUCAGGAGAUGGUGUUGGGUUUGCAGAAGCAAGAUCAGACGGCUGCGUUGGGGUCGAGCAUCAGAGCCAACAUCGAGCUGCAACGCGAUGCCGUACAGGCGCGCAAGCAACUGUUGGCCAACUUUGCGACCUACGACGAGCUGGCGAAGCGCAUUCGUGCUUUGCCGGUGGGCGAGAGGGACAGUACAGGCGCGAACGGGAGCGAUGCAGCGCAGGAGAGGGUUCAGCAUGCCAUCUUCACACGCGCCAACCUGUUCUUGCAGCAAAACAUGCUGCCGCUGCAGAGUCUGCCCAAGCCAGGCAGCAAGAAGGCGAACGGAGACGCGGGCUCGGAUUCGACCGGCAGUACGCCUGGCUCUCCGCAACCAGCAUCUCCACGGGUGGCACCACGACGCCCGGCACAACACGCCAGCAAAGCGUCCGUCAGCUCCAUCGCCAGCUUCCGAUCGCUGUUCGGUGGAGGCAGCGGAUCCGGCUCCCUGCGAGCCAACUCACGCGCAGAUCUCGACGACAUCCACCAGCAAGAAGAUGUGAUCGACGACAACCUAGCUGAUGCGGACCCAGCAGAGCUGAGAGAGCAACUCAAAGUGCUAUUAGAGCAGGAGAAGCUCGUGGCAGAUUACGUCGAGAGCGCCGCAAAGGCACGCAAGUUUGAGGAUGCAAAGACGCUCAAGAAGAGCCACGACGAGCUGUGCAAGGAGAUUCUCAAGAUCCAGAGGCGGCUCGUAGUGGCUGGCAGCGGGAGGUGA